AUGAGCUCGGCCGCUGCAAAGCGAAUCAAUGGCUUUGCGCACCGCACACCUGUGCUCACGUGUCAUGCGCUUGAGUCUAUCGCUGCGGGAAAUGGAUCUCCCCAGCGUCUGUUCUUCAAGUGUGAGAACCUUCAGAGGGUGGGGGCGUUCAAGUACCGCGGUGCAUUAAACGCCGUCAAGAAGUAUCUGCAGGAGAAAGGGGAGAGUGACAAGACAGACACGACGUUCGUCACGCACUCGAGUGGGAACCACGCGCAGGCUUUGAGUCUUGCGGCCAGGGAUGCCAACUGCAAGGCUGUGAUUGUCAUGCCCAACAACUCGCCGAGUGUCAAGCAGAACGCCGUUCGUGGCUACGGCGCUGAAGUGCUGCUGUGUGAAUCGACCAAUGAGGCACGCGAGAAAGCUGCAAAUGACGUGGUGGAGGCGACCGGAGCUCGCUUUGUGCACCCGUCGAAUGACCCUGACGUCAUGAGUGGACAGGGUACAGUCGCACUGGAGCUGCUGGAGCAGGCUAAACAGGAGUAUGGCGUCGAGCUGGACGCUAUCGUUGUGCCAAUUGGAGGUGCAGGACUCUGCUCUGGUGUAGCCAUGGCUGCAAAGUCUAUCCAGCCCGGUAUCAAGGUCUUCGCCGUGGAACCCACGGGGGCUGCUGACGCCUACAAUUCCUUCCAAAAACGCCAGCUGACAGGCCAUACUGGUCCUGUGAAUACCGUGGCUGACGGCCUUCGGACGACUCUGGGCGACAACAACUGGCCGGUUGUGCGCGACUUCGUGGACGAGAUCAUACUCGUCUCCGACGACGACAUCGUGUCAGCCAUGAAGCUGAUCUGGGAACGCAUGAAGUCGGUUGUCGAGCCCAGUGGAGCAGUAGCGGCGGCGGCCGUCCUCGCACACAAGCUACCAGCGGGAAUCACCAACGUUGGUAUCGUGUUCUCGGGUGGAAACGUGGACCUGGAGAAGCUGCCGUGGACGUCAACCUAA